GCCACCUUCUGCGACCUGGCCGUCAGCCCCACGUCGCCGGCCUGGAGGGGCGAAGAGGACGAGGGGGCCCCGGCUGCCUCCGGGAAUAUUGGCUCUCUGAAUUAUCAGGAGUUGGAAGUUGACAUUGAAUCUAGGUUGAGGAUGGAAGGUGUAGAAUUGAAAGAAGAAUGGCAAGAUGAAGAUUUUCCAAUCCCUUUACCAGAAGACGAUAGUAUUGAAGCAGAUAUACUAGGUGUAACUGGACCAGAGAGCCAGCCUGGCUCCCCAGAAGUUAAUGGAAAUAAAGUGAGAAAGAAACUAACUGCUCCAGACAUUAGCCUAACACUGGAUCCUAGUGAUGGUUCUGUGUUGUCAGAUGACUUGGAUGAAAGUGGGGAGAUUGACUUAGAUGGUUUAGACACCCCAUCUGAAAACAGUAAUGAGUUUGAGUGGGAAGGAUAUUAUGGAGAUGGGUUAAAUGCCAUUGUUGUGUUUGCUGUCUGUUUUAUGCCUGAAAGUGGCCAGCCUAACUAUAGAUACCUGAUGGAUAAUCUCUUUAAAUAUGUUAUUGGCACUUUGGAGCUGUUAGUAGCAGAAAACUACAUGAUAGUCUAUUUAAAUGGUGCAACAACUCGAAGAAAAAUGCCCAGUCUGGGAUGGCUCAGGAAAUGCUAUCAACAAAUUGAUAGACGGUUACGGAAAAACCUAAAAUCCCUAAUUAUUGUACAUCCCUCCUGGUUUAUCAGGACACUUCUGGCUGUUACAAGACCAUUUAUUAGCUCAAAAUUCAGCCAAAAAAUUAGAUAUGUCUUUAAUUUGGCAGAACUAGCGGAGCUUGUUCCCAUGGAAUAUGUUGGCAUACCAGAAUGCAUAAAACAGUAUGAAGAAGAAAAGUUUAAAAAGAAACAAAAAAGAGUUGAUAAAGAACUUAAUGGAAAACAAGAUGAACCGAAGAGUGAACAGUAAGUUUGGCAUCUAGUCCAGACAGAAGUGAAGAAUGUGCUGAUGAAGCAGUGCUCUUUUUGCUUUUAUUUUUAUGUAAUCUGUUACAAAAUUGACCUGACUUUUUCUUAAUGGACUUUUUGUACAAGGAACUGUUCACUGCUGUACUGGUUUGCAAAUGUCUUGAAUUUUACUCUUUAAUAAUCAUUUUAUACUUUAUAUUGCUAAAUAGCAGAGAACUACACUUUAUAUAAAGCAAUUUUUGCAUUUGUUUAUUGAAUGAUGGAUACAUCUUCAGUACAAUAUUUAUAUGCAUAAAUGGCAAAGGAAAGAAAUAAUAUAUAUUUUUAUGUCUUGAGCAAUAUUUUUAAUGUAUACUUACCUUGUAGAAGAAUGUGCAGGCAAAUGUGUUAGAAUUUUUGUUUUUGUAAAUGGUUGAAUACAUUUCCUGAGUGACUUAGAAAAUUAAGUUGCUCCAAGGGAUAAACAGAUUCUCAUGAAUACCCAAAGAUCAUGUACAUAGUAUAAGUAGAUUAAUACCAUCCCAAGUGUUUUUUUCACUUUAGCAUAUAUUGUUCCUUAAUUCAGAAGUGCAAAUAUAAAUGCAUUGCACGCUUUCUCCUUUUUUUAAAGACAAGUCAAAAAGCCAUUUUUAGAACUAGAAAUUUUAAAGAGGCUUAGGAAUUAUAUAUAUGUAUAUAUGGCAUAUUUUAUCUUCUGGCCCAAAGUCAGAACUGUUUAAAAGAAAAUCUUUGAUAUGUUCACUAAUGUGAAAUGAGUUUGUGUGUCCAGGGUUUCAUGCCCAUGAAUGUGUGAGUGCUAUGUGGCAUUGCAGAGAAUAUGAUGAGUGUUCACUGUCACAACUUGCCUGUAGAAAGCGGACUAGCUUUUGAAACUGCUCUCACUGUGGGCACUUUUACCAAAAUACUUCUAUGUCACUUAUUUGAACUCAGUACUCUGACCUAGUCACAUAAGGUGUGUUUCAAGUUUCUGUGGAAUUCUGUUUGACAAUACUAUAAGUUAGAUUAAGUUUGCAAGUCAUAGAGCACCAUUGCAUUGUGCUGUUUGGGACAUUUAAUAGAAACAUGAAAAAUUUGUUCUACAUUGAAAUAAAUUUUAUUUGUGACUGCAAACAAAGCUUAGUUACAUAUAAUAAUUGUAUUACAACAAACUGGCAAACGAUGUCAUAUAGUAAGUGUUAUUUAGUAAGCUUAAUAUCCUCUGUAUUUGAAGGUCACACUGUCCGGCCCUUCACAUAAAGCUCUUUUUUCAAGAGCAUUAGUUAGUAAAAUUGAAGCAGAUGUAAACUAAGCUUGUAAGAUUAUCUCCUGCAAGAACACAGGUGUCUUUUACUAUGUUUAAUUUUUGUUCUUUAGUACAAAGUUUCUGUUACAAAAAGGAAUUUCUUUUUUUCUUUUUGAGAGAUGCUAGAGGAUUCUGGGGAUUCCCUACGUAGCCCCUUGACCUUGAUCCAACAUGUCUAUCCUGUACUAAGUCACUACGGUGAAUUAAGCCAAAGCCUGGUUACUUGUUGAAACCUUAGAAAUACUUUGUGCUGAAAAAGUAACUUAAUAGUAACUACCUAGGCAUUCCUUUUCAAUUUUUACUACAUGAGGAUUAUGAAUUAAGAUCAUGUCUGGUUUCAUUGUAAUUUGCAUACUGUAUCUGGAGGACAUUUCAAGCUGUAGCUCAUCUGUAUGUCUUUAUCAUCUCAAAAUGGACUGAGCUUUUGGGUAGGUGAUUUUCCACCACAAUAAGUACUUGGCUCUUCAAUUUCAAAAACAGAAGAAUAACUUCAACUCUUUAUUGUGUUUAUUGACUUUUGCUUUUGCAUUCAGUGUUCCUAACUUACAGAAACAACUUUCAAAGGUGAUAUUUUUCUAACAUUUCAAAUAUUAGAAGUAAGCCAUGUUCUGUCAGAGUAUUAAAAUUCAAAGUGAACAGCUAGACAUGGUGGUCCAAACCUAUAAACCCAGCUCUCAGAAAUCUGAAUCAGGAGCUUGGUAAAUUCAAAGCCAGCCUGGGUUACAGUGCAGGACCCUGUCUCAAAAGGAAAGAAAAGCCUCCAAAGGGAACACUGGUAACACUUGAAUUAUAAUGAUGGAGACAUGUUGUGAAUCACAGCCUUGAAAGGAGAACUGCUUUAACUUCUACCUUAAUGGAAUGUGCCCACAAUAAAUAUUUCACUUCUAUAAAAUAUUUAGAAGUAUUUAAGUUUAUUUGUACUUUGUAACAUUUCCCUGUAUUAUCUGAUGUUACUUACUAUUACUGACUGAAAUGAAAGCACUUGUAAUUGUA